CCUUGUUAGCCAGGAUGGUCUCGAUCUCCUGACCUCAUGAUCCGCCCGUCUCGGCCUCCCAAAGUGCUGGGAUUACAGGCUUGAGCCACCGCGCCCGGCCUGACAGUCUUAAGUCUGUUUUGACGUUAAUGCUGGUCCGAAUUCCAAAGGGAGGAGGGUCUACUGAGGCGGGUCCCACCCGGCUUUUCCCAUCAGAGCCCGAACUCGCGGUUCAGGUUCCCUUUAGGACGCCCCUGGCCGAGAGGAGGGCUCCAACGGCUGGCUGCGGGACUUAGAAUUUUAUUUUUGGUUUACAGCGCAGAAGAAGAGCAGUGAGGACGGGGCGCGGGUGGGGGGUGCAAGGCGGCGGCUCCAAGAAAAGUCAGCCCCUCGCGGACCGACAGAGUCUCCGCACCCCGCGGGUCGGUGGAGCAUCAGUGGCGAGCGCAGGCCGGUGCUCGGGAAACACCGCCGCCGGGCAGGGGAGGGCCGGACGGAACGCGAGCGCGUGGCCGCGGCUUCCGGCCGGGCCACUAGCGCGGACCCUACGACCGGGGCGGGACUUCCGGCAAGGCGCGGAAGCGGCGGUAGUGGCAAGUGAAGUUGCGUGGCUGACGGAUGCAGGCGGUGCGGCACGUCGUGUGUGCCCUGUCCGGCGGCGUGGACAGCGCCGUGGCCGCGCUGCUGCUGAGGCGAAGAGGUUACCAGGUGACAGGGGUGUUCAUGAAGAACUGGGACUCACUGGAUGAACACGGGGUGUGUACUGCCGACAAAGACUGUGAAGAUGCUUACAGAGUUUGCCAGAUCUUAGACAUCCCUUUCCAUCAAGUGUCCUACAUAAAGGAGUAUUGGAACGACGUGUUCAGUGAUUUUUUGAAUGAGUAUGAAAAAGGAAGGACUCCCAAUCCUGACAUAGUUUGCAACAAGCACAUCAAAUUCAGUUGCUUUUUUCAUUACGCUGUGGAUAAUCUUGGGGCAGAUGCCAUUGCCACAGGCCACUAUGCAAGAACUUCACUGGAAGAUGAAGAAGUCUUUCAGCAGAAGCACAUUAAGAGGCCAGAAGGGCUUUUCCGAAAUCGGUUUGAAGUUAGAAACGCGGUAAAACUCCUCCAGGCAGCUGACAGCUUUAAAGACCAGACCUUCUUUCUCAGCCAGGUUUCCCAGGAUGCUCUGAGGAGAACCAUCUUCCCUCUGGGGGGAUUAACAAAACAGUUUGUAAAGAAAAUCGCUGCUGAGAACAGACUUAAUCAUGUGCUUCAGAAGAAAGAGAGCAUGGGCAUGUGUUUCAUCGGGAAGAGGAAUUUUGAACAUUUCCUUCUUCAGUAUUUGCAGCCUCGACCUGGUCACUUUAUUUCCAUAGAAGACAAUAAGGUUCUGGGAACACAUAAAGGUUGGUUCCUGUAUACCUUGGGCCAGAGAGCAAACAUCGGUGGCCUGAGAGAGCCCUGGUACGUGGUAGAGAAGGACGGCGUCAAGGGCAAUGUGUUUGUGGCCCCCCGGAAAGACCACCCAGCCCUAUACAGGGACCUGCUGAGGACCAGCCGCGUGCACUGGAUCACUGAGGAGCCGCCUGCAGCGCUGGUCCGGGACAAGAUGAUGGAGUGCCACUUCCGAUUCCGCCACCAGAUGGCACUAGUGCCCUGCGUGCUGACCCUCAAUCAAGAUGGCACCGUGUGGGUGACAGCUGUGCAGGCUGUGCAUGCCCUUGCCACAGGACAGCUCCACAUUCCCAAGGGCUUCAGAGACCUGCCAGUUCCUGGAGUGGCCCCUGUGACUGUCCCCCUCGGGAGAGGUACCCUGACCCUGAAGACCCUCCCUAGUGAAGCUGCUGGGUGCCCCAGGCCCCUCUCCUGUUCAGCAGCAGCAGCAAAACCCUGCUCCCCUGGCAGCUCAGCCGCCUGGCGUUCCGAGCACAGGCCAAAGCCCAGGGGGGACCACUCUGCCCCUGCCUGCCCUGGGCUGGCUCCCUGUGGCACCCAUAAUGCCAGGGUCUGUCUUCCCUACAGUUUGCUGUGUUCUACAAGGGGGAUGAGUGCCUGGGCAGCGGGAAGAUCGUGCGGCUGGGGCCGUCCGCCUACACACUCCAGAGGGGCCAGCACAGAGGCGGGGUGGCCAUCGAGAACCCCAGUGCUGGCCCAGAAGAUGGCCCAGGCCUGCGUCCCUUGCCUUGACAGACGGAGCUGCUAGAAGGAACCUGGAGAGCAGGCCCAGGGCCGGGUAGCUGGUGAGCAGUAAGCUGGCCCAGCUUACUGCUGCCCAAAGCAGAGGAAGCUGGGCUGGUUAAGGGUCCGAAAAGCCUGCAGGGGCCUAGGCGAGCCCCAGGAAGAGCCUCACCUCCAGGCUGGGCUCUGGCUGCCAGAGCAUCUGCUGGCUGGUGGGGUGGCCCGAGUUCCCCUUCACCACCCCCAGGGUUUCCCACCUCAGAGCACACCGAGGGGAGCUGCAGGGACAGCGUGGAAUAAACCUUCUUUCAAGGACA